GUCGAAUCCUUGAGAGCUUGUCUUUCAGGUUUUCCUGCACGCCCACACGCCAGCACUUGGACAUAAACACCCACAGGGCGUGGAAAAUGCCUGACACGUUUAUAGAACAGUUUUUUCCUUUUAGAGUCAGUCCGCUGCUCUGGCUGCAAAAGGUGUGUGCUCAGUCCACCUGCUCCACUGAGAGCUGUCAUCUUUGUGGCAGCCAACAUCAUUACGCUUUAAAACACACUCAGUAGACCCAGCAUGGCGGAGGAAUGUGUCCCCGAGGAUUUAGACCUGAAAGGGAUGGGUGAGGAGGAGCUGUGGGAGCUGAUUAAUGACAACCGCCAUCGGAUCUCGCUAGGAGUGCGGCCGUGCAUCUUGAUCCCGUACCUGAGGCAGGCCAGGGUUCUCAGUGAGAUGGACGAGGACGAGAUCCUUUCCUGCCACAACCUCACAAACCGCUGCAUGAGAACGAGCCACAUGCUGGAUCUGCUGAGAACCCAGGGAAAGAAUGGUGGUAUGGCCUUGCUGGAGAGCUUAAUGAUUCACUACCCAGCACUCUACACCCAGGUGACUGGACGCAAACCCAGCACUGAGCCCUCAAGAUUCAGUGGCCUGAUAAAAUACUCAGAGCUGACUGAGUAUCUGGUCAGAGCCGUCACAGGGAUGCAGAAAGAGCUGCAGGAGGCCCGUAACGAGGCCAGCAAAUUGAGAGCACACUGCGCCUCUCUGGAGGCAGACAUCAGUCAGAUGAUGGAGCAGGAGAUGAAGUCCAGAACCCUGCGCACCGACAACGAACGGAUCCAGAGACACUUGUGCUCUUUGCAACGUGAAGUCACCAAGCUGAAGGAUGAGAAGUGUGACUUGUAUAUUCGCUACACAGCAGCAAUCGAGGAGAAAUCAGCUGUGAACGGGCGGCUCCACGAGCUAAACCUUCAGGUGUAUCAGCUGCAGACUGAGCUACAAAAUGCCCAAGCAGAGAAUGAAUUCCAGAGGCAGCGGUCACUCAAGUCUGUUUGUCCUGAGUCACCACAGCUGCAAGAUGAAGUCAGGAGCCUGCGCUGCCAGCUGGCGAAGGCAGAAAAACUAGACCCCGCUCGUCAGGACAUCCUGGCUCAAGACCUGGCAGAGGCCAUAGACAGUCAGGUGGAGCUAGCAGAGCAGCUCCGAUCAUACAGGGAGGAGAACGAACAGUUGCUCAGAGACAAAAAAAAGCUCUUGGAUCAGAACGAGUCUCUGAGCCUCCAGGUGCAACAGCUGACUCUGGACUGCAAAAUGCACCAGCAGAAGAGCGCUGUGAUCCAGAACCAGAUGAAAGCUCUCCAGGCCGAGAGAGACCAGGCUUAUCAGUCCAGGGAUGAGGCCCAGGCCAUGAUCGCACAUGUCCUGGCUGAGAAGGACACCCUGCGGUGCCAGCUGGUGGAGCUACAGGAGAAGGUGUUCAGCUUACAGACCAAGUGCAGCUCUACAGAACUGCACCAGAGCUCCGAAGAGACGGAGGGCGGCUGGGAUAGUCUGAGUUCCAGCAGUGAUGAAUGCCCCGUAUCAUCUCGACGCAGACUCUGCCGCAUGGAUGCAAUUAAUCCUUCAAUGGUUUCCUGCAGUUCAGAGUGUGAAGAUGGUGCUACGUGUAGCAUGCGGUCCCGAAACGCUGAGCCUCCCAGUCCAGACUCUCUCCGCCGAAGGAAGGAAAUUCUGUAUGCAGAGAGCAGCUCAGAGGCAGCAGAGACUGACAGUCUAUUGGACGACUUUGUGUUGCUCCCCAGCGUGGUGAACAAGAGCAUGCAGACAUUCGGGCUUUCCUCUCGUAGGAGGUCCAGCUCUCACAGCCUGUCAAGAUCCUCAGUCCCUCCCUUCCUGAUGCGUUCUCGUCCAAAAGCGAUCCGUGUCAGUGGCAGAGUUCUCAGCAUCUCCUUCCAGGGUGAGGCGCUCCUCAGCCAGCUGGCAGUAGUGGGGGGCAAUAAGACGGGAGUGUUUGUGCAUCAGGUGACUGAAGGCAGCGCAGCUCACACUGUUGGCAUCAGCCCCGGGGCUCAGAUAGUGGAGGUAGGUGCAAAUGUGUGCGUAAAAGCAGUUUUUCUCCUUAUCACCUGUUGUGAAAACGCUGUUGGUCUGCAGGUGAAGUACGAGAAGAAUCAGAAGGCUCUGAGGAUGGUGCUGGAAGAUUCCACUUUAGAGGAAGCCAUGUGGGCUCUUGGCCAGGUUGCAGGCAUCUGUCAUCUCUCCCUCCGCCCCAGGCAAGAUGACUACGAGGCGCUGCUGCAACAGCUGCAGAGCAGUGAGACAUCAUCAGGAGACUCCUUCUACGUACGUGUCAACAUGUCCCUCCCUGCCGGCCCCGGAGGAACCCUGGCUGUGUCCUGUAACGACAUCCUGCAUGUGACGAACACGCGGCCCGCCGGCACCGAGGACUCGUGGCACGCCAGUCACGUUCACCCGUGUCAGCAGCUGGACCUCCAGAGCGGAACUGUUCCCAAUUAUUACAGGGCACAGCGGCUUCUGAUUCGAGCUAUUGAGGAUAUGAGCUUUGAAGCAAAGAAGUCUGAAAAGGGUGAGCGUGUGAUGACCCAGAAUACACAGAAGACUGUGAGGAUUGUCAGCACUGGGCGCCAGGGCAGGAACCCACUGUGGGUCAGCGUGGAGGAGGAGAAGAGCGCGAGUGCAGAAUCAAAUGCAACAUCUGCACCCAAAAGUUGUGUAACUCUCAUGCCCUACACCCUGGUGACGCCACGCUAUCCGCCUGUCUGCAGGCCUGUCCUGCUGCUGCCCUCGGUGCUGGGACGCAUCCUGGACAAGAAGCUGGCCAGCUGGCAGGGCUUUCAGCUCUGUGAGCCUGAGGUGCUGAGCUCCAGUGAGCAUGCAGCCCAGCUCCAGAGGUCUGAGAUCCUGGAGGAGGUUGAGCAGGGUGGGAGCCGCUGCUACACCCUGCAGAGUGUCGAGAAGGUCAUGAAGAAGGGCAUCCACUGCGUGCUGCCUUUAGGCCUCGACUGCGUGCGCCGGCUGCAGCGCUCUGAGAUCUUCCCCAUUAUCAUCUUCAUUGGCCAGUCUGCACGUAGCGCACGUAAACUGAGGUCAAAGCUGCACCGUCACAGUCAGACAGAGGAGCAGCUGCUGGCGUGUUCGAGGAGCGAGGAGCCGCUGCUGGACAAGCUGCCGUGUCUGUAUCACAGCGUGGAUCCAGAAUCCUGGUGUGACCAGACCUCCCUGCUGACCAGCCUGCGCACCAUCAUCUGGGAGGAGCAAAAGAAGAUUGUGUGGGUGGAGCCUGACCUGUGGUAGGGCAAGAAAAGGCAACAGAAGAAAAACUCAGAGCAUUUAUGUAAAUAAUGGAAAUUUCUUUAAGGGCUUUUUGUUUACUGGAUCAUGAAAAAACACAUUAAUAUUAAAUGGAUAAAUAAGCUUUACAAGAAAACUUUUUGUAAACACGAGUAUGUAUCUGUGAUACUUUAUGAGUAACUGGAGGACCGUUUAGUGUGCAUGUAGCUGCAUUACUUACUGAGAAACGUGUUUUACGCUGCCUCCUUUUUUUGACUUAUUUGUUUAAAACAAACAUGUGUAGUGUCCUCUAAAGACACAGGUUUUGUCAUGAAACACACGCUUGCAUUUACUGCAUCUGUACAAAAUGUAGAUAAUUUUUCAUUUUCUAUGUUUUCUUGCUUACAUGCUGUGUUUUGUAAGUCACACCCUUGAUUUAGAAUAAAAUAAUA